CAAAAUGAGCCUUUUGGUUUUGGCUCAUUUUCUCGGCCACAAACUCAAUCCGGGAAUUCUCUCCCGCUUGAUGUAGGCCUCAAUGUCUUAAACUUGCAUACCAAGUUCUCAAAUUGCCAAAGCCUUUCUUCUGGUUCCCAACUUGUCUCGUAUUCGGGAAAUCCUCACAAUCUCACCAAGUACUCUGUCAAAGGUUGUGACACGUGUCCAAUCUGCCCAUCUCUUCUUCUUCGUCUCUCAUUUAUUUUCCCCGAAAAAGAAAUCGCACGCCCGCCGAAAACCAGUCGAGAAGUCUCCGCCAAUAUGACCGCCGCCGCAGCCUCACAGAUAUCGUCUUGCCUCUGCUUCUACUCGUCUGUCCACGAUGCUGCUCCCAUGAAAUCAGCCCAAUCUGUUUCCCCUGCUCGUUUCCCACGCCGAUUCGCGACUGCGUUUGCCGCCGUGAAUCAAAGAUCUGUUUGUGGAAGAAAUUUUCCAAAGUCAGCAUCCAUAAGAUGUGAGCAGAGCAGCAAGCCAAGCAGCAGCGGGGAUGUAUGGAUCGGCCGACUGGCAAUGGUUAGUUUCGCUACUGCCGUGACUGUCGAGGUUGCAACAGGCAAAGGACCGCUCGAGAACUUGGGUGUCCCAACGCCGUUGCCAACGGUAGCGUUGGCUGUUGCUGUGUUGGUGGCUGUUCUUGUCGCCUACUUCAUCUUCCAGUCUGCUUCUGAGAAUUAAUCCAUAUGUGUAAGUUCUUCCUGUUCUUGUGAAAAAUGAAAUUUUCCUUCUCUAGAUUUGGCAUUUAUGCUUAGCCAGGGCCCUCUUAAUUUGUUAUAUUGGAAUUGAAAUUAUAUUGUUUUACAUGCAUAAACUAUUAGUCCGUGCUAUUCAUAUUUAUAUAUUACUGUGUUAUCAGAA